AUGGCGCUUCUCUCGACGCUUGUCCUCUCUUUGGGGGCUCUAGCGACUGCCCAGCAAUUCGUCUCUCCUCCUCAAGGUCUCCAAGUGUUGCAAUCGAAGCUCUUUGAGGGAGCAGAAAUCUCGUACAAAAGGACAUCCAUAUGCGAGAUCACUUGUGGCGUCAACUCUUAUAGUGGCUAUGUGACUCUCCCGAAGCAUCUACUCCUGGAUGCCAAAGACUGGGAUGAUGAUGUGUCUGCACACCUCUUUUUCUGGUAUUUUGAGUCUCGAAAUGAUCCGUGCAACGCGCCAACGUCGAUAUACCUCGGAGGAGGACCAGGAACAACCUCGUUUGACGGCGCGUCUGGUUUUCCAUGCCUGUUCAACCCUGACGGAAACUCGACUACAUUGAAUGGAUUCCCCUGGAACAACAAUGUCAACAUGCUGUAUGUUGACCAGCCCAUCGGGACCGGAUUCUCUAACGCAAAAUUGGCCAACGGCGCUUUGGAUGUGCUCUCCCACACCUUCACCCCGUCAGAGGAUGGUCAGGUUCCCGGGUAUGGCGGCAUGUACGGACCACACUUCUUUUCCUACUUCCAAGACCAAAACGAACUCAUCGAAAACGGAGCCCCAUCUCUCGAGAAUGCAACGACCCUCAACCUCGCAACUCUAGGACUCGACGAACCCGGCAUAGACUACCGCGCCAUGAUAAUAGGGUAUCCGACAUUCGGUCACAACAACACCUACGGAAUCCAGAUCUUGUCGGAGGAGGUUUACGAGGAGCUUAUGGCUCAGAUUGUGGCCCCUGACGAAGGAUGCUACGCUCUCAUUGAUCGAUGCCGUGGGUUGGUGUCGGAAGGCGAUCCUGAGAGGUUUGGGACUAACGAGACUGUGAAUGAAGCUUGUGUGGAGGCGACGAACAUGUGCUUUGGAGUUAUACAAGGCGCAUAUGGAGAACUAUCUGAUCGCUCUCCCUUCGACGUCACUGUUUCCAACGUCACAGUUCUCCCAUGGCACUAUGUGGACAACUACCUCAACCAGGCCUGGGUACAACAAGAACUUGGCGUACCUCUCAACUUCACUGCCGACUGGGGACUCAUCGCCAAAGUUUUCCUUGGAGAAACAGGCGACCCGAUGAUUGGUAGCUUCACCACACUGGAAAAGGUGAUCAAGCGUGGUGUCAAUAUAGCCAUUGUUUACGGUGAUCGAGACUACCGAUGUCCUUGGUAUGGCGGCGAGAAUGUUAAUUUGGCCUUGAAUUUUCAGGAUGCCGAAGGAUUCCGUUCCGCAGGCUACGAGUUCAUCACAACAAACUCGUCAAGUAAAGCCGGCUUCGUACGAGAACACGGCAACCUAUCCUUCUCAAGAAUUUUCCAAGCUGGCCACGGUGUCCCAGCCUACCAACCCGAAGUCAUGUCUAAGAUAUUUGAACGAGCCAUAUUUGGUCGCGAUAUUGUCACUGGCAAGAUCAACAUGGCGCAGAACGGGAACUAUAGCACCACCGGCCCGAAGAGUGUGGCGGAUGUGAAGAAUAAGGUAAUGGAGGCUCUGGAAAACAUGUGUUUUGUUCGCCUGCCAGAGAGCUGUACGGAUGAGCAGUUGGCUGCGUUGGCCAAUGGGACGGCCGUGGUGAAUGAUUGGAUUGUUGUUGAGCCUCGAGGGAAGAAGCCUAAGCCAAUGCAGCAGCAUGAGGAUAAGGAUGAGGAUGGUUUUUUCUAG